GAACAGUUGUACUGUAGAGGUGGCAAUCUCUAUCAGUUGCCCCCAUGCAAACUACAUGAGGGCAACUGAUUGAGAAUACGUUUUGAUUAGAGUAAAAUAGACGAUUCUUGAUCAAAUGAGAAUCAAGAUUUUCUUGCUUAGAAUUGAAAUGAAGAUUCUCUCAAGAUCUGUUUUCAAUAAAAUUGUGGACCUUUGGACAACAGAAAGGACACAGUUUAUAGCUUAAAAGGCAACAACUUCAUGAAUCGGACACUGAACAUAAAACCAUUUUUACUUGCCCCUUACUUGCACAACCUUUGAGCUGUGCAAGUACGGUAAGUCUUUUUCGGUGUGUUUGCUGUGAGUACAAUGAGAAAGUUACGUAUGCUUCUUCAAAUGUAAACCAAUGUUACUGUAUCAGGUCUGAGGGGGAACUUGGACGAUUACUAUAGCCUAGUGAAGAUGAUCCGUCCUAUGACCAACAUAUCUUUUGUAUUUAGAGGAUUUAAUUAUAAUAGGGAAAUUUAACAGCUUCCUUACAAUGUUGCAUCAGGGGUAACAUUAAAACAAACUUCAUGUUAAGUUCUGAUUGGAUAUUAUCAACACUAUGAAGGGCCCCCAUAAACAAAAUGUUACAUGACACUUUGAACCGAACAAAGGUAUUGAUAAGAGUUAACUCAUAACUCUACUCAGAUAACAUAUGGCCUUUGCCUCUACCACAGUGUCGUAUUUCAAUGUUUCUCCUCCAACUCACUGCACAGAACUUGGCAUAAUUUGUUUGCAUUCAACAAAGCAAUGGCUCAACAAGAAUACAAACUACUCGGUGAUACUCUGUUCACAUACAAAGGGGCUGUUUUUCCAGUGGACGACACCAAUCAAGUAACGACGGAAUAUAUUGACGAUUUGCAACAUUUUGAAGUCAGAGAUGACGAUGUUUACCUCGUUACCUUCCCCAAAUCGGGGACCGUAUGGACCCAGAGAAUCAUCACCCUGAUCUUUGAGGAGGACUUCCCCGAGCUGAAGGACACCGUCACCUUUGAGAGGAUGCCCUGGCUGGAGUACCCGAUGAAGGAGUGGCAGAGCUACGACACGCGCCGCUCCCCACGCCUCUUCUGCUCCCACCUGCAGGAGCCGCUGAUGCCCAGGGGGCUGCUCAAGAAGAAGGCCAAGGUCAUUUAUGUUUCCAGGAAUCCAAAAGAUGCAAUGGUGUCCUACUUUCACUUUACAAAGUUCAUGAAGAAGCUGGAGGACGCAGAACACUUCAACGAGAUGCUCGACAACUUCAUCAGUGGAAGGAUGAUUGGCGGCUGUUGGUUUGACCAUGUUAAAGGAUGGCACGCCAACCAGGACCAGUACAACAUCCUGUUCCUCCGCUAUGAAGACAUGAUCAAGGACCUGAGGUCUGUGGUCGUGCGUAUUUGUGAGUUUGUCGGCAAGAAUCUUUCUGACGCCGCCAUUGACUCCAUCAUCAAGAGGGUGACCUUCAACAACAUGAAACAAGAUGACAAGGCCAACUAUGAGUUCCUACCCGACGACAUCAAGGAUAAGAGCCAGGGUGCCUUCCUGAGGAAAGGGACCAUCGGUGACUGGAAGAACGCCCUGACAGUGGCACAGAGUGAGCGCUUCGACAGAGUCUACAACGAAAGAAUGAAGGACCUGCAGCUGAACUUCACCUGGGACAUCUCAGAGGUCCAGCAGGGACAGGAAGGCCUCAACAGGCUUUGUUAAGGUGGCAUUCACCAACACUUCCAAAUAACACUUAAAGAGAUUCAGCAAAAAGGAAAAUGUUGACGCAUACAAACGCAAUGGUGACAUUUAAUUCUGCAUGGGCAAGGGUAAUAUGGACACACUGUUUAUAGCUUAAAAGGCAACAGCUUCAUGAAUCGGAAACUGAAAAUAAAACCAUUUUUACUUUUUACUUGCCUCAUACUUGCACAACCUUUUUCUGUGUGUUUUCUGUGCGUAGCCUACAAUGAGAAAGGUAGGUGUGCUUCUUCAAAUGGAAACCACACUUAAUGUAACGGGGGCCUGUCCUACGAACCUCAAUAGGGUUAGCAAGGUAUGUUGAGCUCAAAGCCUGGGUUAGCUGGACCACGAAAGUCGAUCUCUUUAAGCGUCGCUGUAUCACCAUGGUGACUUAUGCUCGCAACCAAACCUGGUCGGGAGCAGGUUUUCAGAGUUUUUUGGGAAUUUUGCUCGGUCACCACUGAGUUCAACCGAGAUGGCGAGUUCGCCGUCCGAGGAAAAGGGGCGUGUUUGUGCGUGUCGCUAGGCAACGUCCUCGGACCUCCGAGAGGGAUGGAUGAUAAAACGCAGCAUUAACAGUGCGUUCCAGAGCCCAUCCAAACCAGUGGGACGUGGCACUUAUCCUACCUCCAACCUACCGCCUGUCGAAGUGGAACAUCCCACGGUCGAAGUGGAACCUCCUACUAUCGAACUGGGGGUGAUCGACCUACCCCCACUCACCAAGUAGGAGCUCGUACAGUUCAGGUAGGAUAAGUCCCACAUCCCAUUGCUUUGGAUGGGCUCUGGAACGCACCAAGGCCCAUUCACACCCUACAGUAAAUACGGAUACGGACCGUUUCGUCCGGUCCCGGAGGUGUUUCGUCCGUCAAUGUGUCCGUCGCCUCUGAGCUUAAGAAUCCGGAGUGCUCCGGGAGAAACGGAGCAAAACCACCGGAAAUCGAGGCGGCAGUAUGGUCAAAAGCCAGACCAUUCGCGAAAAUAGAUGGAGUAGUAUAAUAAUUGAUAUAUUGUAUUUAACGUUUUAUACUUAUAUUAUACUACAUACCUGACCUUUUUUAUUUUAUUGUUCCCCUGCUUUGGCAAUGAGGAGAUUUGAGUGUUGAUACUGACACUUGACACUUUUUGCACUUUUUUUUGUCUAUUUUGGAUGAAACAAAGCAAAAUCAUCUCCUCUACAGAUGCCAUGCUUGCGAUUGUCGAUGCCGUUAUUUGUGACACGACAGUCACUGCCCUCAAGAGGAUGUAUUGCGUAACAUCCAUAACAACGCUGAAACCGCACGGAGGUAUGAAGGGUGGUCCCGGAGAAAACGUUUGGUACGGACGGACGAAUUUCGUCCGGAUCCGGAGGUAUGAAUCACGCCUCGUUUCCACAUACGUAUGUUUUUCAUGAGGAUGGCCGACAGAGUCUUUCCAAAAAUUAAAUAUUUAGAAGAAUACAUGACACUUUGCUUUGAUAGUUACAUACCUCUGAUUGGAGAUUGAUUGUCGGCGGUGUCAUGCCAAAUUUGUACCGGCUGCCAAAUUUGUACUGGGCGCGUCAUCCAUACGUAAUCCAUUCCAAACCUGCCUGGCAACAGAUGAUCGCGUCGUCCGUUGCCAGGCAACGGACGAUCGCGUCGAAUGACGUGAAAGGUUCACGGACAUUUGCGAACCUUCUAUCUAGCGAUCCGUUAUCUGUAUUGUGCUAUUUCGUCCUUGACCUGCUUUAAACACUCAGUUUACUUGCUAAAUUUGAUUAAACAAUUAAAUACAAUACAAAUAUUAAGUAAAAAUAAGUGUUAUCUAGCGAUCCGUUUUCUGUAUUAUGUUAUUUCGUCUUUGGCAACAUGAGCGCGAAUGUUUUUUGAAACCCGCUUUAAACACUCAGUUUACUAGCUAAAUUUGAUUAAACAAUUGAAUACAAUACAAAUAUAAAGUAAAAACAAGUGUUAUCUAGCGAUACGUUAACUGUAUUAUGUUAUUUCGUCUUUGGCAACAUGAGCGCAAAUGUUUUUUGAAACCUGCCCGGCAACGGACGACGCGAUCAUCUGCUGCCAGGCAGGUUUGGAAUGGAUUACGUAUAGAUGACGCGCCCGGUACAAAUUUGGCAUGACAGCGGCUCUGUCAUGCCAAAUUUGUACCGGCUGCCAAAUUUGUACCGGCCUACGUCAUCAGUUGUUGACAACUUGACAACUGAUUUGAUUGGGUUGUCCGUUGCCGGGCAGGUUUCAAAAAACAUUCGGCUCAUGUUUCCAAAGACGAAAUAACAUAAUACAGAUAAUUGAUCGCUAGAUAACACUUGUUUUUACUUUAUAUUUGUAUUGUAUUGAAUUGUUUAAUCGAAUUUAGCUAGUAAACUGCGUGUUUAAAGCAGGUUUCAAAAACCUGUCUUUUCACGCUCAAUGAAGUAGUGCAAUGAACGAGCAUGAAAGUUCGCGAAUGUUUAAGAACCUUCCUACGUCAUUUGACGCGAUCGCCCGUUGCCAGGCAGGUUUGGAAUUUGUCAACAACUGAUGACAUAGGCCGGUACAAAUUUGGCAGCCGGUACAAAUUUGGCAUGACAGCUCCUCCAAAAUAAUGUUUGUACUAAAAAUGACACAAUUAAUUUACACUCAAUCAUUUCACACAUACUCUUUACAAACGCCUUGGAUGUCGAGGCAGUGGGGUCAGAGGACAUCCCCCCUUCCACUCCUACCAUCAUCGGCAGACCCUCGUUAUUGGCGAGAGCCAGCUCCUCCUAGUGGUGAAGGGCGGUGGAGCGGUCCCCCUCCCAGUCGCUACAGGUAAUCAACAUGAGAUUAAAGGUUGGAGCCUAGGCCAUUGCAAAUCAUAGGCUAGAUUCACCUGAAAUUAUUCAAAUGGAUGAUUACAACUUACCACAUUGAAUAAUAUUUUUAUAUUUAUUUUUGACUUGGCCCCAUGUUCGUAGGAGCGUGCUGGCACCACAUAUAUGGGGGUAAAAGGCAUGAUGAUAGGCUACAUGCUAUUUUUUAGACAAUAUGCAGAAUCUCUUCAAUUACGAAUUAACACGGUCGGCUAUUUUUUGCCAGCACGCCACCCUAGCCAUAUUAUGGGCAACCGUGUUCCCCUUGGCUGUGAUUUGGACUUUGAAUUCCUCGUAGGAAUUCAUAAUAAUACCAUGCUCGCCUUGGAUGAAAUACAUCGCUCUCGCUCGAUUAAUUUUGCAUAAGGGUGAGUGAAAUGACGCGAUAAACGCCCCUUUUAUGUGAACGCGCAUUGAACCUUAAGCGGAAAACCUGGUUCGACAAAUUGAAUCUAAAGUGAGCGUCGUGUUACCAUUUAACUCUGAUUGCGAGUCGCGUCUCUGUCGAGCCAGGUUUUCCCAAGAUAGCCUGGGUAUUGUAACGUGCGAUGGUGUAGGUCAGGGUUAGCAUGAAGGAUGCAACAUGUGAGAUUCUCCUCACGGUACUUUUAUUAUGCUAAAAGCUUUUGACCAUACCACGCCAGACUGUGGUUAAGUGAGCCGCUGUCACGUUAAAAUUGUACUGGGGGCGAAAAUUGUACCGGCCUACGUCAUUGUUUGUUUACAUCCUGACAACCUGACAACCUGCCCGGCAACAGACGACGCGAUGCAGAAAACAUGUUUCCAAACGACGAAAUAACAUAAUACAGAUAGCAGAUCGCUAUCUGUAUUAUGAUAGAUAGCGAUAACACUUGUUUUUACUUUAUAUUUGUAUUGUAUUUAAUUGUUUAAUCGAAACAAUAAAAAAAAAUUGCCCGCAAAACGGGCGAUCGCGUCAAUUGACGCGUCAAAUCACGUAGGAAGGUUCUUGAACAUUCUAGACUAUGAAACCUGCUUAAAACACUCAGUUUACUAGCUAAAUUCGAUUAAACAAUUCAAUACAAUACAAAUAUAAAGUAAAAACAAGUGUUAUCUAGCGAUCCGUUAUCUGUAUUAUGUUUCAAGAACCCUCCUACGUCAUUUGACGCGAUCGCCCGUUUCGCGGGCAAAACAUUUGUCAUUUGACGCGAUCGACCUUUUCGCAGGCAAUUUUUUUUAUUGUUUCGAUUAAACAAUUAAAUACAAUACAAAUAUAAAGUAAAAACAAGUGUUAUCGCUAUCUAAUUCGUCGUUUGGAAACAUGUUUUCUGCAUCGCGUCGUCUGUUGCCGGGCAGGUUGUCAGGAUGUAAACAAACGAUGACGUAGGCCGGUACAAUUUUCGCCCCCGGUACAAUUUUAACGUGACACCGCCAUUCGUUCAUCCGCGGUUAAGCCAGCCGUCACACAAAAUCUUUGUGCGCCUUUACUCUAAACAGCCUUUGGGUGGUAUCUCGCAACGUUUUCAUAAUAAAAGCCUUCACCUACGUGUGUAGAUAUAUAGAACACUAGCUGGCGGCGUCUAGAAUGUCCGCACUUGCGGACAUCUUGCCAGUCAGCUGCUCACCCAUAACAUUGUGUUGGUAGUGGUACAUGUACUUUAUAAAUAACCUUAACUUGCUACAUUUUCAACCGUUUUACCAACGGUUGGGUUUCUUACAAACCUUAUUAACGUGGUUAUAAUAUUGUACCAAUUUUAGAACAUUUCAAUUUUUUUAGAAUCUAACAUAAUUAUUCAUCAGUAUCAAGUUUGCAGUGCCGUUACUACAUCUCUGACGUUUAUAACAAAACAAACCGUUUGAAAAUGUAGCAAGGUGGUUAAGGUUAUUUAAAAAGUACAUGUACCACUACCAAGUCAACAGUGUUAUUGGUGAGCAGCGACUGUGGCAAGUUGGCCGCCAGUGCGGACCUUCGACUCCAUUGGCCAGCAGAAUAUGCAUGUGUACGAUCAUUCUCACGAUGGAUCUUGCAAGCCAUCGUAAAUUUCUUUGGAGCGCUUCGAACGCGCGUUCACUGCAUUCACGACGUUCGUAGGAUUGUAACCGUCUACUGACACGGUGCUGAAAUGGGCUCCGUAGGAGGGGGCGACGCAGGAAUGAUGCAGGAAAAUGGGGUUAAAAAGCGUUAAAAUAUCUCCCCAUCAAGCCCAUCAACAGAAUAGCCUACGAAAAGAAUAGACUGCAAUAAUAUGAAUGCUAAAGAUAUUAAAACACAAUUGAUUAGGCCUAGGCUGACAUAUGCUACAUUAGUCCUUAUCCUGAAAGCCCUACUACAUUUUUUCAAGGCAUUUUCCCCCCUGAAAUAAUUACAAAAAUAGCUUGAUGUAAAACAAAAAAUGCAAAAUUCCAUUAAUUCAGUAGCAUUCAAACUCAGAUUCUGGGCAUUGAAACCCGGCUAUUGCUGACCCGAUUAGGAGAGCUUGGCCUAGAUCCUGCCCAUAUUGUUGGGCAGGAUGAUGUAUAGGCCUUUUUACACUGCCAAGCCGGACACCCGCAUGCAAGAAUGAGCUCACGUCUGAGUAAAGGCUACAAACGAAAUUAACUAUUUAAAAGUGCAAAAACUUCAACUUAUUGUUCAUUUUGCUGAGCACUUGUUUUUUAUCCCGACAAAAGCCUCAUAAGGAAAGUUCCUCUGCGUCUCUCGUAGGCCUACCAUCUUUCAAGGUAUUUUUUAAUGUGACUACAUAACCUCUCACAUGAUCAGCAGCUCGCGGAUUUCACUUACACCGAAACAGCCUGCCCUGGCCAUCAUAUCCCUUCUUCUCCGGGUAGGCUAUACUAGGUUAUUAACUUAUCCUGGAAAUGAUAGUAUAUUAAACAAAUCCCAGCACCACACCAAAAGGAGGCAGCAAAUCAGAGCUAAACAUAUCUAUCUGCUAAUUUCCACAUGGUAAGAGAGCAACACAAAACAGGUUUAUAAUAUUUGGCUGUUUUAUUUUCUUUAAAUCAAGCAGGUUACAUUUCAUUCGUUUUUACACAAUCUGAUAUUUGGAGGCAUUUGCAAAUAUGCUCAUAAAUUACAUGAUUUGUAAUCCCAAAGAAUGAGGUGGUUAAUGAUCAAUAUUGGGAUCAACAGUGAUCACGCUACUAAUGUAGGCAUUACGUAUGCAGGCAGAAAAAGAAAAGUUCCCAUUAAGGUCUCAUGUGAAACACCACAGGUCUGAAAUACUCAGGAACACAUGAAAAUGGCACAAAAAUGAAUUUCACUCUCCAACCUUUUGCUAAAGAGACGUUGACAGGCCCACAGAGAGCCUGGAGCUCACGGGACAACAUGCACACACAUUCUGCUUCAUGAAGAGGUCAGAUUAUCGUCAGACCAUAGACAUUACAUGUAAGGACACUGAACAUUUGGCCGGAUUACACAUAGAAAUGCAAUCCAAAACAAAAUGGGUAAAGAUAAAGCAUGUUUAUUGAUGCGGCAAACAAAGGUACUUCAAGACCUCAAAGAAUUAAACUCAAAACGCAGAUGAGGUAAAAGAAGAAACUUCUAAAUUAAAGUGGAGCGACCCAGGGACAAGUCUGGUUUGGGUUAAAGAUUAUGGAUGGUUAACUUUGUGUAACGUGUUUGGACAAGCAAGUUUAGGUUUUAGGCAAGCGAGUUUAGGCAAGCGACUUCAGGUAUUAGGCAAGCGAGUCAAGCCAAGCGAGUUUAGGUAUUAGGCAAGCGAGUCAAGCUAAGCGAGUUUAGGUAUUAGGCAAGCGAGCUCAGGCAAGCGAGUCAAGCUAAGCGAGUUUAGGUAUUAGGCAAGCGAGUUUAGGCAAGCGAGUUUAGGCAAGCGAGUUUAGGCAAGCGAGUUUAGGCAAGCGAGUUUAGGCAAGCGAGUUUAGGCAAGCGAGUUUAGGCAAGCGAGUUCAGGCAAGCGAGUUCAGGCAAGCGAGUUCAGGUAUUAGGCAAGCGAGUUCAGGCAAGCGAGUUCAGGUAUUAGGCAAGCGAGUUUAGGCAAGCAAGUUCAGGUUUUAUGCAAGCGAGUUUAGGUUUUAUGCAAGCGAGUUUAGACAAGCGAGUUUAGGCAAGCGAGUUUAGGUAAGAGAGUCAAGUUACUUUAGGCCUCACUUUAUUUGCGGUUAAAUUGCGGCAUUAGGUUUAGAAAGAAGGUUAAGAUCCAGGCUCAGGUUUGCUUCCAGCCUCGUCCCUCUAGUCGCUCCCUAUAAAGAGGGUUCCCAGCUACCGUGUUAAAAUACAACAGCUGGGAUUACAGAUAUGGAGUACAGAAAUAAAUGACAAA